UCCAAAUUUAGGACUAUUUUGUGACUGGCGGGAUUUUUGGGAUAUGUCGCCACGGUCACUCUGUUUGCAAAUGUUUCAAUUUUCCCACUAACGAAAAAGUCAUUCGCAAAGGAGAUCCCUGAGAAAAAUCCACGGCUCAACCGGAAAGUUAUGCAAAUAUGGACUUCCACAUACUGAUCGUCAUCGGUUGUGUGGUCAGCGCCUCGCUGCUCUCGUUCCUGUUCAUCAAUAAGAUCUUCCGGCGCAAGACUUUCGAGGAGGUGGUGGCCGAGAAGCGUGCCUUGAGCGCCAAUCUCUACAAGGCGGCCGGUGGCGCCGCUACCAAGAAGCCCAAGAAGAAGGAACUUAAGCGCGAAAAGAAGCAACGUCAGCGGGAACAGCAGCGGGAUGUGAACAACGAGCCGGAACCAGAGGAAGCCGAAGACUACUCCGAUGGUCAGUCGGAGGGUCAGGGCUCCGUGGCUGGCGAGGAACCCGGUCUGUCCAAGCAGCAUGUUGAAUUUGAACCCGAUGCAGAGGUCCUCACUGAUCAGCGACGACCCAGUAGCGUGGCUGAGAAGGAGAACCAACCUUCUGGGGCUGGCAAAAAGGGAAAGAAGGAUAAGCGUAACGGAGCCAACAACAAGACAGCCGGAAUCCUGGUCAACAAGAACGAAACUGUUGCUGUUAAGCCUCCAGCUAACGCCGAGGAGACACCAACUUUGAAUAAUUUUGAAACCAAGGUCCCCAAGGAUGUGGUGGAGCUGAAGAAGCAGGAGCAAAAGGAACGCAAAGAGGACAACAACAACAAGCAGCAAAGUCAAAAGAAGAUCGCCGGAGGCAAUGUGUCCAAGAAGGAGAAGGCCGCAGCUGUCGAAACUGAGGCACCCGUAGUGACCAAGCAGAUCCUCAAACAACAACAGCAGCAGCAGAAUGGCUCACCAAAAACGCAGCACAACCAGGCCAACAACAAGACCAAGCAGCAGCAGCAAAACAAGAAACAGAAUCAUAAGGAAACCCUAUCGACUAAGGAUUUGGCUCAUGCUUUGGAUAAACUGGCCGAUCACCAGAACCAGACCAUUGGCGUUAACGCUCUGAUGAAUGUGUUUUCCCGUGCCGAGCUAAAUCGCUCAGAGAUUCAGAUACUCAUCGACUAUCUGCUAAACAAGCAACAGGAUAUGCCCUCUUCGCACUCUGAGUGGUCGGAUGACAUCUGCCAGAAACUCAAGCGCCAGCUGGAGGAGAAGGAAAAACUGCUGGCCGAGGAGCAGGAGGCCUCCAUCGGUAUUCAGGCUAAGCUGCGCGAACUGCGCCAAGAGGUUAACACAGAACGCGCCCAAAUGCAUGCCCGAAACCAGGCCUAUAUAGAUAAGUUGCAAGGCAAGGAGCAGGAGCUAGCCGCCCUCAACCAGGAGCUGUCCAGUCUGAAUGACAAGUUGACGCUUGAGCGACAGCAGCUUACGACCCUUCGAAGGGAGAAGCAAGCCAAUUCGCAGGAUCUGGUUCAGUUGCAACGUUUGCAACAGGAUCUCGCACACAAGGAAAAGUGCCUGGCGGAAAUGACCGCAUUCGUUAAUGCAGAGACCCAGCAGAAGAACGAGGUGAUUCAGCAGCAGGCUCAGCAGCUGCAAGCCCUGGAGCUGCAACGCGAAGAGCUGGAAGCGCGCCAGAACAACAGCAUCUUUGAGCUGGAGCAGCGCAAGCAGCUGGAGGCGGAGAACGCCGACCUCAAGCAGGAGCUGAGCUCUGUUCAACAGACUCAGUCGGAGCUACAGCGCGUCCACGCCGCCGAGUUGCAGGAGCUGCGACAGAACUUGUCCGUCCUGGAGGCCCGCAACGUUGCGCUCAGCCAACAGCUCACCCAAGCCGCCAACAGCGCGGUUCAGGCCACCGCCGCCCAGUCGGAGCAGGCCCAGGUUCAGACCGAAGCGCUGGCCCAGAAGCAGCAGGAGCUGAGUGCUCUUCGCUCGCAGGUUGGCUCGCUGACGGAUGCCCAGGCCCAGCAGCAGAAGCAAGCCAACGCUCUGCAGUCGCAGCUCCAGGAGGCUCAGCAGCGGGCCGAUCAGCUGCAGGCCAAGGAGCAACAUCUGCAACAGGAGCUCCAGGAGCAGCGGGAGAAAAACAAUGACGUGCGUAUGAAAAAUUGGAAGUUGAUUGAAGCGUUGCAAAAUGCCGAAGCAUUAACAGCUAAGACGAAAACAAAUUCAGCGCAGUCCGUAGGCCAACAACACAAAGAGCUGCAGCUGCAGCAACAGAAGGCAGUGGCCGCCAAUGGAGGUGGUAGUGCCAGUUCAGCCAAGAGCGAGCAGCAGAGGAUCCGGGAUCUCUACCAGCGCCUUUAUCCCGACGCUGUUAAAGCGCAGUCGGGAAAUGCCCUGCAAGCAUCCUUUGACCAGUGGCUGGAACAGGUCCUGGCCACCCAUGUCAAGCAGCAGCAGGAUAAGCUGCGGCAGAAGCUCGAUGCGGAGAAGUCCGAGAAGCAGAGCAGCAGUAGUCAUAAGUCCACACAAUCAAACAACAGUAGCAGUAGCAACCACAAUAGCACCCACAACAAUAUUAGUAGCAAUAAUAGUAGUUCGAAUAGCCAAUCCUCCUCCGCCGUCGAGCAGCAGGAGCUGCACAAACAGAACCUGCAGCUGCGGGAGUGCAACGACAAGCUCACCCAGCUGGUCACCAAGACGACCAACACAUUGAUGGACUUGGAAGACCGUGCUCGUGAGCAGGACGAGCACUGGCGUGGCAUCGUCGAGCAGAAGGAGCAGCUGAUCCUUACCCUGCAGCAGCAUGCCUCAAACGGAGAAUAGGACAUUUAAUGUCGAAAAAGAUGCGGAAAGGGAAGGAGGCCAACAACGACGAUAAACUGACAAGCAACCGCAGAGUUUGUCCAACUUCCAUAAGAACAGCAACAGUAAAAAAGAAUCAACUCUAAAAAUCUAUUAAGUUUAAAGUUAAUGUAACAAAAAAAAAAGGCGAGGAAAAAGUAAACUUAAAGCAUGCCCCACAA